AUGAUUUCCCAGUACUUGGCUCCAGAAACUCUGCGUCAAACAGUCAACAAGGGGCAAAUUUCAGGAAGGUGGCCAACUAUUGCUUCUGGUAUUGUGGCAACACAAGAUAAAGAAGGAAAGAACCCGAUAACUGGAACUGGUGAGGUAAUUUUGUCUUGCAGUUAUGAGCAUGAAAUUAUCUCAAGAAUGGACUAUGUUUGCAAAGGAGACGAUCCUAUUCCUGCUGCAAAGUUGAUAAGGGGAGCUGAGCAGGCUCAACUGCAUGAUCCCCAAGUUCCUAAUAUAUGUAUACCUCCUCCAUUGUUGGAUUACUGGCAUCGUCCUCCUGAUCAGCCACCUGAUGAAAAUGGAAAAUUGCAUAGUGGAGAGAUGCCAUAUGGUCUGUACAAGCAUGCUGACCCGACUGGCUUUGCUGUUGAAUCUCUUGCUCAUCGUGAUCAGUUCGCGCUCAACGAGGAGGCACUAGCAAAGCAGGAUACUGGACAUGGUGGGUAUUAUCCAGACAAGAGGGAUAUAUCUCAUGCUCACAUGCCUGCUGAUUGUUGUGUCAUAAAUCAAUCUUGCCAUGUUCUUGGGAAGGUCAAGAAUGGCCAUGCAGAUGUACUUGAGAUCGAGAAGCAACCUAUCAUCAAGAAGGAUGUGGCUCUAUUAGAGAAAAUCAAGUGUCUAAACAACAAAGCUAGAAAUUUCCGUGCCCUUAACUUGUCCAAUCUACCUUCAUCUCUACUCAAGGACUCCAAGGUUAAACACCCAAAAAUCAUCCGUGUCGAGGAAGAUCCUGCGACAAAAUAUGUUCCCUUCAGUGCUUCCACCAGUGAGACUGGUCCUGCCUUUGACAGGCUUAAUUCUGUUUCUCAAAGCAGCAGUUCUGUGUCAACUAAUCCAUCAAAUGGGCCUGAUAAGGGUGUAACUGUUGUUUGUCUGUCAGAAAAACAAGUUACUGAAUUCAGCCAAGCUGGAAAAGUUGGCAAAUCUGCUGAUCGCCAUGCAUAUGGAAGAAGCGAUAUCUCAAGAAACAUGCUUGAUGGUUCUGCUCAGGACAUGCCAUCUCGUAUUACUGGACAUGGAUGUGAAGAGCACUCCAUAGUUGACUCUUUGCGAGGAGUUCUUAUGGUAGAUGCUCAACAAGACCAACUUCUUUCUAGGAACACCUCACAGCAGCCACAUGUGACAGUCGCUGAUAAGGAGCCAAAUUGGCUUCACUGUGAAGACCAGCAUUCCAGAAUGAGAUAUUUGUCUGCUCAAGCUGCGAAACAACUACAGGACGCGGAGAAGUGGAUUAGUCAACAAAAUAUAAAUGCUAUUGCAAAACUGGAAGAAUUGAGGAGGUAUCAAUCAAUACAGAGUCAGAAGUCCAAUGAUGCACCCCCAGACGCAGAUAUGUACUGCAAACCAAAAACGCGAGAUGAUGUGACUGCUAAAUGUGCUAGUUCAGUGGCAGAUACAUGUUGUAUUGUCUCUGCUGAUGGUCAUAAUGCGCCUCAGCCAGUAGCUGGAGUCAAGAUUAGUGAAGUUUCUAUUGGUUCCAGUGCAGAAUCAAAUACUUCAGGUGUUAGUAAAGGUUAUAAUUUCAGGUCUUCAGCCAAGAGCACACAGGUUAACAUGAUGGAACACAUUUCCCUCAACUCACUGUCACAUGACAACAGUACUCCAGAACACUGGCCAAUGGAGCACAGGCAAAUGCAUUUUGGUUCAUGGGAGAGAAAUAUAACAGAUAGGGAGAUACCUGCAGACACGAAGUGUGCUGAAGCUAAAAAUCAUGGCGACCUCUUGACCAGAAACAAGAGCAGCAGGAGGAACUUUAAUUCAGUUAGGCCUGCAGCGCCACCUGUGUUUAAUGAGAAGAAUUCUACAGAAGUCCUGAGUAUGCAGAAAACCCAUGUUCCAUGUAUUGCCAUCAAUAGUUCUAUAAUUCCUGCCAAGGUUACUUCUGUUACAGGUCUUAUUGUGGGUAAUAUAAUGCUUGAUGAUGUUCCACUUGCAUCAGUAAACCGGGAGUGGGCAGUACCGGCCAAGGAAGUACAUGAUGCAGCUAGUAGCCUUAGCCUCUCAGGGCCUCGGCAGGUCAAGAAAUCAGACAAGAGCCAGCAUGGUCUACUGCCUGUCCAGACUCCAAUUCCAAACAAUAGUGUCAUGUGCAAACCGAUUAAACAGACAGGCAGGAAAGAAGAGCAUGCAGAAGGAGGUCCGAAUGGUAUGGCUGUAGUUGAUGGACUUGCUUCGGCGGUGCAAAUUCUUGCUAAACCGGCAGAGUACUUCAAUGUGGCAGAUGUUAUACAGGAGUCAUCUGAUCAGUGGCAGCAAGGAGAUGUGCAAUUUGAGCUCAAGGCCCAUGGUGGUACCGAGGACCGUUCAAAACUAACUGGAAUGGCGUCCUUGCCUGACAAUACUUGGGAAAAGCAUCCGGCAACUGACAGUCCAAGGCGCUACCAUGUUGAGGCCCAAAGGAAUGUGGGGAUUCGCUAUGGUUACAGGGAGAGGGCAGGCAGGGGACGCUUCUUCCACGAAUCACCAGCUCUGUCUAGGGCUCGCUGGAUGCCUAAAUACAUCUCCCAUCCUCAGAGCGAUGCACAAUAUGAUGGUGUCUCUGAAUGGCUGCAGGAUUCCCACCAAUUCUUAUUGGACAACUCACAGGGAUUGGACAGCAAACCGAUUCAGAUAGCUGACAGGGAUGCUGGAAUGGAUCUGCAGGGUGGAGAAGGCAAUGUAGGCAUGAGCUUCGGAGAUGAAAACCCCUUGAUAUGGAACGAAACAGAGUGGGAGUAUCAGCCUCUCUUUCCAGCGCCACAUCGCGUUGGCCAACAACACGGUAACACGAGUGAUGAUGGUCAAAGGGGUAGAGGCAGACACUCUGAGUACCGCCAACAACACGGUGACGCGAGUGGUGAUGGUCAGAGGGGUAGAGGCAGACACUCUGAGUACCACUAUCCGGAGCCGGUAAGAUCUCGUGAUGCUACACCUGACAUCCAGCGGAACCCCGGCGGUGCUGACAAUCAUCAGUAUCCGGCCUAUUUAAGAGCGGGAAUGCACACGGAGCGCAGGUACUAUAUUUGA